AUGUGGACGGCGCGCGCGCGCGCGGGCGGCGUGCGACGGCUCGUCGCGAGCGUCGGCGCGCGCGCGACGCGCGGGAUCGCGUGGGGAGGACGCGAGGGUGGAUGGGGCGAGACGACGAAGACGGCGGCGACGGCGCGCGCGGUCGCGAGCGGCGCGACGACGACGACGACGACGACGACGACGACGACGACGAACGGGAAACGGACGCUCAUGAUCGUCGAGUCUCCGGCCAAGGCGAAGACGAUCGAGAAGUAUUUGGGUGCGAACGCGAAAGUGCUGGCGAGCUACGGGCACGUGCGUGAUCUGGUGAAUAAACAGGGAAGCGUGCGGCCGGAGGAAUCGUUCGCGAUGACGUGGACGUCGACGUCGAGGCAAAAGGCGGCGAUGCGAGACAUCACGGAGGCGUUGAAGAAGACGGAUGUGCUGCUGCUCGCGACGGAUCCAGACCGAGAGGGUGAGGCUAUCUCGUGGCACUUGCUCGAGGUGCUUCGGGAGAAGAAAUUGUUGCGCGACGACUUGGACGUCAAGCGCGUGACGUUUGGGGAGAUUACGAAAACAGCGGUGCUCGACGCGGUGGGUUCUCCGCGGGACAUUAACGUUCCGAUGGUUGAUGCGUACAUGGCGCGACGCGCGCUGGAUUAUCUAUUCGGAUUCACGCUCUCUGGGCUACUGUGGCGUAAGUUGCCGUCGAGCGUGAGCCUGUCCGCGGGUCGCGUGCAGAGCGUGGCGCUGCGAUUAGUGUGCGAAAGAGAGGAAGAGGUGGAGGCGUUCGUGAGCGAGCCGUAUUGGACGGUGAAGGCGAGUUUAAGUUCAAAAGACGGCUCUACGUUUGACGCCGCUUUGACGCACGUCGAUGGCGCUAAGCUUGGAAAGUUUACCAUCGCUUCGAACGACGAAGCCGAGGCGUACGCCAAGCGCGUGCGAGAAUGCGAUACGCUGCGGGUGGUGGAGGUGAAGCACAGCGAAGCCAAGCGUACGAGUGGACCACCGUUCACGACGUCGACGAUGCAGCAGGAAGCGAACAAGCAGCUCGGUUUCGGUGCGUCGAGGACGAUGUCGGCGGCGCAACGACUGUACGAGGGCGCGGGCACGGGCGAAGGUUUGAUUACGUACAUGCGCACAGAUGGCACGUACGUCGCCCCACAUGCGAUUGAAAGCUUGCGUACGACCGCUGGUGAGCUUUUUGGUGAUGAGUACGUGCCUGAAUCGCCCAGAUACUUUAAGAAGAAGCAAAAGAAUGCGCAAGAGGCGCACGAAGCGAUUCGACCUACCAAGGCUGGACGGCUUCCCGCGCAAGUUGCGCGGCAAAUAGGACCAGGCAGCGAUGAAGCGAGACUUUAUGCGUUGAUUUGGGCGCGCACUAUGGCGUCACAAAUGUCACCUGCGCUUACCGAUCGCAUAGCGGCUGAAAUUGCCUCCGCAGAGAACGACUUAAAGCUCAAGGCGAACGGACACAGGCUCAAGUUUCCGGGAUUCCUUGCGGCGUAUCGAACGUCCAGACCCGAAGCUGCGCCACCUUCAGACGACGCGUGGUUACCUAUUCUUGGUGAAGGCGAAGGUUUGUCUGUGAAAACUGACGGUGAGAGUCUCGGGUGCGAGGCGACAGAGCACAAAACGUCGCCGCCGCCUCGCUACACGGAUGGUUCCAUCGUCAAGGCGCUCGAAGAACGAGGCAUCGGGCGACCGAGCACGUACGCACCGAUUUUAAAGGUGCUCGCGCAGCGUGAGUACGUCGCAAAGCAAGGUGCCGCACUCGUUCCCACGACUCGCGGUCGUCUAGUCUCUGCGUUUCUCACGAAUUACUUUGAGACGUACGUCGAUUACGGCUUCACGGCGGAUUUGGAACACAAGCUUGACGACAUCACGAGCGAACAAGUACAAUGGAAACCGUUACUCGAGGAGUGGUGGACGCCGUUUAGGGAUAAAAUAUCGUCGCUUUCGGAGCUGCGCGUGAGCGAAGUCAUCGACGCUCUCGAUGAGAAGCUCGGGCAGCAUCUCUUCGGCGAGGCGACCGAUUCCGACGACGUCGUGAGCGAAGCACGGAGAUGCCCGAGCUGUAAAAUUGGCAGACUUGGUUUAAAGCCAUCAAAAGCUGGUGGAUUCAUUGGGUGCAGUCGCUACCCUGAAUGCGGCUUCACGCACCCGUUGCAUCCGAUUCGAGGCGCCAUCGUGAGCGACACGGAUGAUCCAGAUUUCGUCGCCACCGUCGAAGAUCCCGACGCAGUGAUGUAUCCCAAGGUGCUUGGCGUUGAUCCAGCGACCGGAAAAGAAAUUUCUCUCCGACUUGGUCCUUAUGGCCCAUAUUUACAACUCGGCGAUGGGAAGAAGGCAAAGAAACCGAAGAAACCGCCUGCACCUCGUCGCGUCGGAGUGGCAAACAUCGGCAAGGACGUCAACAAGAUCACUCUCGCGGAAGCCAUCGGGAUGUUUGAAUACCCCAAAGUGCUUGGUGUGCAUCCGGUGACGCAGGCGCCCGUUUCGCUCAACAUUGGCCCAUUUGGUUGGUACGUCGCGUCCGAA